AAAAUCUCUGCUCUUUCGUCACCCUCUCCCCCGCUCUGCUCGGCUGCUCGUCCUCCUCCGUGUUGCCGUAUCCCAUUUUAAAAGCUUUAUCGGGGACAACAUGGCUGCAGCGGCGGGACGCUACUACAGCGAGGGCGGCAGAGCGACUAAACGACAGAAGACAGACAGCGACGGCAUGGCGACGGAGGGGUACGACGACCCCCAUAAGACCCUGCCAUCUCUGGUGGUGCAUAUAAGGGGGCUGAUUGAUGGCAUCACUGAAUCUGACCUGGUGGAGGCACUAAGAGAGUUUGGGACCAUCAGCUAUGUUGUGCUAAUGCCAAACAAGCGCCAGGCUCUGGUUGAGUAUGAGGACAUGAGCGGCUCCUGUAACGCAGUGACGUACGCUAACGAUAACCAAGUGUACAUCGCUGGUCGACCCUGCUACAUCAACUACUCUACCAGCCAAAAGAUCUCACGGCCUGGAGAUUCAGGCGAUGCACCCAGUGUCAACAACAUCCUGCUGUUCACCAUUAUGAACCCAAUCUACCCCAUCACCACGGAUGUGCUGUACACCAUCUGCAACAACUGCGGCCCUGUGCAAAGGAUUGUGAUCUUUAGGAAGAACGGUGUUCAGGCCAUGGUUGAGUUUGACUCUGUCCAGAGUGCUCAGAGAGCAAAAGCAUCUCUAAAUGGAGCAGACAUCUACUCGGGUUGCUGCACUCUCAAAAUUGAGUAUGCUAAGCCAACUCGUCUCAAUGUGUUCAAGAAUGACCAGGACACUUGGGACUACACAAAUCCUACUCUGAGUGGCCAAGAUGCUGAUUCAGACGGCAAUUGGAACAAUUCUCAAGACCCCAAUGCUAACCCAAACAAGCGCCAGAGGCAGCCAGCCCUGCUUGGGGACCACCCACCAGAAUAUGGAGGACCUCAGAGUGGCUAUGGACAUUAUGACGACACAUACGGCCCCCCUCCCCCUCACUAUGAGGGCCGGCGUAUGGGGCCUCCACUAGCCCGGGGACGUGGUGGGCCACGCUAUGGCGCUCCACAGUACGGUCAUGGACCACCUCCGGAAUACGCAUCUCAGGCAGAUUCUCCCGUCAUUAUGGUGUACGGCCUUGAUCCUUACAAGAUCAAUGCCGACCGCAUCUUCAAUGUGUUCUGUCUCUAUGGCAAUGUGGAGAGGGUGAAGUUCAUGAAGAGUAAGCCUGGUGCUGCCAUGGUGGAAAUGGGAGACUGUUAUGCAGUGGAGAGAGCAAUCUCUCACCUCAACCACACCAUGCUCUUCAACCAGAAGCUCAAUAUCUGUGUGUCAAAGCAGCAAGCUAUAAUCCCAGGCCAGUCAUACCAGCUGGAGGAUGGCAGCUGCAGCUUUAAGGAUUUCCAUGGCAGUCGGAACAACCGCUUCACCUCCCCGGAACAGGCAGCCAAGAACCGCAUCCAGCGGCCCAGCAACGUGCUGCACUUCUUUAACGGCCAACCGGACAGCUCCACUGAAAUCUUCAGCCAGAUCAGUGAUGAACUAGCAAUAAAGCCUCCAACUAAUGUCAAACUUUUUACUGGAAAAAGCGGGUCUGUAGGUGAGCGAAGUGCAUCUGGACUGUUGGAGUGGGAGUCUGUGAACGAUGCAAUGGAAGCUCUGUCCAUGAUGAACCACUAUCAGAUGAAAAACCCUAGUGGGCCAUACCCAUAUACCCUUAAAUUGUGCUUCUCCACUGCACAGAAUGCUAACUGAACAUUUAACAACCCUAAACUGACCUUGGCUGACCAUUGUUUCCUCACAGGCCACUAGCACAGAGUGCAAGUGCGUCCUCUUUCAGUUCAGACCAGCUGAGGGGUGGAUAGCAGAUAAAUUCCCCUUAAAGAUUACUACUUUUUUUUUUGUACAAACAGUGUUGAACUUUUUCAUUUACAAUAUUUUUUAUUAUUAUUCUUAUUUACAAUUAUGUUUUUGUUCUGCCCUGUCAUGUUAAAAUUUGAAACAAAAGUGAUCAAAAUUGAUUUUGUUCUUUAAAUAAACACCAUCAGUGUAAACCA